AGCCGGCGCCAAAGCCCCGGGGAGCCGCCCGGCGGGUGGGAGGGGGAAGCGAGCACAGCAGGGGAAUCCCCGCGCGGCCGCAGGUGCAGGCAGGGAGCUAAUGCGCCCAGCGCAGGCGGCGACGGCAGCGCUAGGGCUAUGUAGGGGCGCGGGGAUGCGCGGGAUCCCGGCAGCAUGGCAGAGCAGCUCUUCUGUAAGGGGGUGUCCGCGGUGAUCAGCUGCGCGGGCUGCGAGGAGAGGAGGGCUGAUAUAAGGCUAACUGUUGAAACUUUUACAUCAUCAAGUCCUAUCCAUAAGAAGGAACUUAGUGUGCGUAUUACAGAUGAUGCAGAUCCAUUAUUCUUGUAUUCUGUUGCUAUAGGAGAGGAAGAUUUUCAGAGUUUAAAGAGCCAACAAGGAUUGCUUGUAGAUUUUUCAGCUUUUCCCCAGAAAUUCAUUGAUUUGUUAGAACAAUGCAUUUUGGAACAAGGAAAACAAGUGCCUCGGUUUUUAAUUCAACUUGUAACAUCUUCCCCAGCACUGGAUUGCAUGCCUGCAUGUUUAAAUGUAGUGGAAACCAAUCCAUUCAAACAUCUCACUCACUUGUCUCUAAAGCUUUUGGCAGGAAGUGACAGUGACAUCAAGAAAUAUCUUGCCGUCUGCAUUAAAAAUUUAAAGAUGGAAAACAGUAUGUUGGAAGAUAAGCUACACAGAUCAGAAGAGGGACUUUCAAAAAGACUAACUGUAACACAGCAGGCUUUGGCAGAAAAAAGUAAGGAACUGGAUAAACUGCAAAAUGAAUGGACAUCACAGACCACUUCAUUGACUAACAAGUACUCCCGAGAAAUCACAGCAGAAAAGGAGAAAGUGCUACGGAUUCAAGCACAGUACCAGCUUCAGCAUGAACAGCAAAAGAAAGAGAUGGAAGCAACUUGCAACAGAAAAGUACAUCACUUAGAAACCAGGGUAUCUGAAUUUGAAACUGUGAAUAAGGAUCUCACAGAGAAAAAAUACAAGUCUGAAUCUUCUAUAAGGGAGCUGAAAUCCAAAUUUGCAGGACUUGAAGAGGAGUAUCAGAGGGCAAAACAAGAAGUUCUGUCCCUCCGAAGAGAAAAUUCAACUCUUGACACAGAGUGCCAUGAAAAGGAGAAACUCCUAAACCAGCUAAGAACACGGAUUGCAGUCCUAGAACAAGAAGUGAAGGAUAAAGAGCAAGUAGUAAUAAGAAGCACAGAUGUCUGUGAAAGUGCACAGGAACACAAGGUCUUCCUUGCAAGUGCAACCUCUGGUCUCUUUCUACAUCUGCCAGCAAGCAUGACAGUUGUGAUGAAAAAGUUGGAAGAAUCUCUGGAGAUGAAACAGCUUCAAAUUGGAAAAUUUGAAAGCACUGUGAAGUCUAUUUCUGAGGAACUUCUGAAAGCUAAUGAAAUUAUCAAAAAGCUCCAGGGAGAGAUGAAGAAACUAAUGGAGAAGAUGAAGUUAAAAAAUGCAGUGACACUGCAACAAGAAAAAAUAUUAGGGGAAAAAGAGCAAACCCUUCAAAAGGAGAGAUUGGAGCUGCUUAAUGUGAAACAGGCCCUUCAACAAAAAGAGGAAGAGGUCUUUAAGUUGCAAGAGCAGCUGGACAUCACUGUUCAGAAAUUGGAAGAAAGCAAACAGUUGCUGAAAACUAAUGAGAAUGUAAUUUCCUGGCUAAAUAAACAACUGAAUGAGAAUAAAAUUGCAUCUAUGCAUGGGGCAUCAGGUCACAGUGAUAUGCCAUGUGCUGGAAGUGCCACCAAUUCAGCAGCCUUGCAGAAUGGCCUGCCUCGGUUUCUACUUUAUAACAGUCCUUUCUCUGUCCCUGUGAUGCCUCCACCGAUUAGCACUGCUUCCCUUUCUAAUAACUAUAAAGGCUCUGUUCCUCUGCGAAUGAGUAUCCCAUGUGCGGACACCAGUGCUGCAAGAUAUAAUCCACAGGUACGCAUCAACUUAUCAGCAAAUUCCACCAGCACUCCGUUACAUGAGACAAGACCUUGUCCACCAACCUCCACUCCUUUAGUGCCCCCAAACUCAGGCCAUGUUGAGCCACCUGGUUUAGACAUGAAAUAUUUGAAGAAAGAUGGCAACUUGCCUUUGAGAGGACUAAAACCUUUGUCUGUAGCAAGUACAGUGUUAUCAAGAACUAUGUUACCCAAGCAAGGAACUCCACCUGUAAUAUCUGCUUACUUCCCAGGGCAACAGACUAGACUCCCUGCAUCAUAAGCUCCAGUUUUAUUAAGAGGCUUGCCCAUGUGAAUGGAAGCAGCAUCAAAUAUAUGCAUCUGAUUUAGCGUGUCUAAUGUAAAAGAAAAAAGAGGUGCUUGAGCAACACUGUCAUAAAUUUGACUUUAUAGUCCAUCUGGACUUGGUUACUCUUUUCUGUAAAGUCUGUGCUCAUCAAAACUGCCAAAAUAUGGUCUGGAGGUAAAGCCAGCUAUUAAAAAAACGAAUGAUUUCAUUUCUAGUUCUAAGUCUUUAAAAUGAGUUAAUGUUUUUGAUUUAUUUUGUUUAGUAUAAAGCAGUAGCUGAUUGACUCUUCAAAGAUACAAAGCUGUGCAGGCUAAAUGAAAGCAUUUAUUUCAUGUGCUUUUGGUGCUUAGAGCUGUGUGUAUGCACACACCUUAUUACUACAGGAUGUACCAGUUUUUGCCCCUUCUGCUUAGAAGUGGUUUUUGUAAUCCACAAAUUGUAAAUUUCUAAGAACAACUUUUUUUAAAAAUGGCAAAUUACAGCAGGAAUACUCCAAUGUGUAUGCAAUAUUUAUUCUGUUGCAUACUAAGUAUGACCUCUGUUGAUAACUAUUCACUCGGGGGGGAGGAAUUUAUUUCUGCAAUCCAGGUUUUUGUUUUUUUUUGUUUGUGGUGGUUUUUAACUGCAUUCUAUUUGGGAAUUUUUGCACAAAAACUCUUCAAAACUUUGAAACACCCAUUUUAUAUUAGCUAUGCAAAGACUACAAAGUUAAAGUGCCUAUUUUAUUAUGUAUUUUAUAACCGGGGUCAGACAGUUAUCUAAUAUUUAUAUUUUUAAUAGAUAUUUGUGUCUAAUAUUUACUGUUAAAACUUGGACAAUUCUAGUAACAGACAACAGAUUCAAUGAAUUCUAGAUGCUGAAAACUUUUGUACUGUACCAUUCUAAAAAUUGUAAGUUUUGAUAGAUUAGGAUGGAUACACACUCUCAGUGGGUGCAAUUCCAUUUACUUAUAUCAGUUCUUAAUUUGACCAUUUGUUCUCCAAACAGUUUUAAAUCAAACAUAUUGAAUCCACCUUUUUCAAAAUGUUUAAAAACUGAGGUCUAUUGGCAAAAUGUUAUAAGAUCUAUAUUUUAUGUGAAACUCAAUACAACCAACCCAUUUUGUGAGAGAUUCAAGAUGUCAGCGGAAGAAUCUGCCUUUCACCUGAUAAGGGUUUGCCCAUCUAUGUUCCUGCAUAUCUACAGGUCAUUUUCUCUCCUUCUCCCACACACUUAAUUUUUUUCUCUCUUUCUUAUAUAGAGUCCUUGUCCUGAUUUCUAAGAAAUGAUACAGAUAUCACUGCAGUAUCUCCUCCCAUUUUCAGACAGUUCUAGCUUGAUCUGUUGUGAAUAAAUAUUUGCAGUCUCAACAGAAAGCAUAGUUUGCAGUUGAUACUCAAAUAGCUUUGAUCCUCAUUUUUUUUCCUUUUGAUUCAAUAGUCAACUUUUUGGGAGACAUGAAAUUGGUCAUUGGAUUAUUAAAGUGAGACAGAUCUGCUCUAAAUUGAUGCUCUACUGUAAUCUUCAAAACAAUGUUAAAAUGUAAUACCUGGAACUCAGCAGUUUAAUUUUCAUGUCAGUAUUAUAAAUGUUAACCUUUUUCUAAACUUACUUUUCUUGUAGACCAUAUAUGAGGUUGUGGGGAGCAGCAGCGGGUUAACCCUAAUUACUAUCCAUGCUAUACCAUACUUCCAUUUCUGGAACUUUCAAAUGCAUCUCAUGUUUGGAGCCAGACAAAAUUGGGUAUUCAUAAUUGCAGUGGUGUUGUUUUUUGCUUGACCUCUUCCUCUGUGGGUUAUUUUAUGAGAGGAUUUUGCAUGUCUCAAAGAACUGUCCAAGGGUUUGGAAUGUGCCUCACGGGUCACUUGAUGCCUAACCUGUGUUUCAAUGUGUUGUCUGUCUUGCAGCAUGUCAAAAGUGUGUAUAAAAAUGCUACAUUUUAUAUUUCUUUUACAUUAUGUUGUGAAUAAAAUAUUUGAACUCUUUGGA